AUGUCUUACCAAAAGCCAGAGAAGGGAGAGUUCGGCGAGGGCCCAAAAACCCACAAGAUCCGUAUCACCCUAACCAGCCGCAAGGUUGCCUCCCUUGAGAAGGUGUGCCAGGAGCUCAUCGACCGCGCCAAGAGCAAGGAACUCCGUACCAAGGGACCCGUCCGACUUCCUACCAAGACCUUGAAGGUUACCACCCGAAAGACCCCCUGUGGUGAAGGUUCCAAGACCUGGGAUUGCUUUGAGAUGAGAAUCCACAAGCGAUUGAUUGAUCUCAACGCCCCAACCGAGGUUGUCAAGCAGAUCAUCAUCAACAUUGAGGCCGGCGUCGAGGUCGAGGUCACAAUCGCUGCUUAG